AAAAUUGAUCAAAUAUUCGCAAUCCUUCUGUUUAUUCCUGUAACCUGGUAUUCAGCUAUUCUUGUAGUUGUGCAUUAGUUCAGUAGUUACACUUCCACGUCUACUGAUCUAUGUGCAUUUUGGUGGUCUUGUCUACUUAUAGAAUCAGGCAUUCUCAUGACGAAUAAUACUAUUUAUAAUAAUGGUUCAAUUACGCCAGUCACUGAGAUUGCUGUGCGGUCUGCUUCUCUUAUUUUUAUCGCCCUUUUGUCUAUUUUUGGAAAUUCCUUAGUCUGCAUAACAUUGUACAGGAGGCCGUAUUUAUUGACACCAAGCAACAAACUGGUCUUCAGUUUAACCACUGCGAAUUUUGUAUUUUCUAUUCUCGUUCUUCCUUUCGUUAUAAGUGGGAGUAUAACAGAACAAUGGUUCUUUGGAAAAGUUUGGUGUGCGAUCACAGGCUUUCUCACUUUAUUAGUUAUGGGUGCAAGUAUGCUGAUUCUGGCAGCUAUAGCUUGUGACAGGUAUUAUGCCAUUGUUCAUCCUAUGUUGUAUCCAAGCAUUAUUACGGGAUUUCGAUCGACAGUCAUAAUUAUUGUUUGUUGGGUAUUUGCUGCAAUAUGUGCUACACCUCCAUUGUUUGGUGCUUGGUCAAGAUAUCAAUUCCAGCCUAAGAGAUGUGGUUGUCUACCUGUAUGGCAGGAAGAAUUGGGAUUUGCUAUUUUUUGGUUUGCGUUGUGCUUUUUUGCACCAUAUUUGCUGAUGAUCUGUUGUUAUGGAUUUAUAUUCAAAAUAGCAAGAACUAAAACAAGACAAGUACAUUCGAGAGUUGAUAGUCCGUCUAGAUUUGCUGGACCAAAUGAUGACACAAGUUCAAAUUCAUCUUCUGACAGUGGGUCUUAUACUGAAUUUUCUGAUUCUUUCCCAACAACCAGGGUUAUUGGGGCCAAUUCAAGCUCAACAACGCAACAAGCUCCCAACGGUAAAAUUCACACCAAGUCAGAUUUGAAUGAUAAUGCUGCAACCACUCUCGAUGAGGACUCUGGUAUCAAUGUGAGUGAAACUGUGACUCCUCCCUCGACAUUGAACAAUGGUCAUCAUCACCACAUACAUCAUGGAAGAGAGAAUGGCAGAAAGAGUUACCUGGAAAAUGGGAGGACGUAUCUUCCAAAUCAGGUUGAAGGCAGAGACUCACCGAAAUUUAUGAGUCGAAGGAGUUCCAAUGUCGGUAUGGAUGCGGAUGUAUCACAGACUGAAGCUGAAUUGCAAUUAAGAAAUUCAAGAAAGUCGUCAAAUGCAUCGAUUGUAUCAUCAACAUCACAAGUUUUCAGAAGAACGUCGCUUGCUUUUUCUGCAGUCAAAUAUUACAGCAACCAAAUGAAGGCUGUAUUUACCAUUGCAUUCAUUCUUGGUAUAUUGUUGGUUACAAUGGGACCAUUUGUUGUUACUGCUCUGGUAGAAGCUUCUCAUGGAGUCGACACAGAAACUUAUACGAAUACUGAUAUUCCUCCACCUUCUCCUGUACCAAAAAUAACACUUUCUAUAGCGACUUGUUUUAUGUAUUUAACAUGUGUGUAUUAUCCUCUGAUAUAUGGUUUAUGGAAUCGGACAGUAAGAAAAGAAAUGAAAUAUUUAUUAUGUGGAUAUCAACAUCCUGAUCACAGACAAAUGAAUAGAACAAGAAUAUUAAGCUUGACAACUCAUAUCCAAGAUCUUGGAAUGUCUCCUGGAUUAACAGCUGCUAUCAUUGGUGAAUCUGAUCCUACAACGUUUAACACAAAUUUUAUGAGAGAUCGUAAUUUUCGAGCAUCAACGCGGCAUAUCCGCAGUGACAAAGAAGAAGUUAUUGCAGCGGCCAACAAACGUCGCCAUACUUUACACUCACUUUCUGGCUCUUUACUGCCACAAGUGGCACCGGGAACAACGUCACCUGCGGUACAUGGAAGGUCUCGACAUCAUGGAUUUCUUUCGCGAAUGAGAAAAGAAAAUUUUCAUGAUCGUCUUGGCACUGAUAUCGGAGUGAUAGCGGAAGAAUCAGAUCAAGAAGAAAGUGGUGGAAGUCUGUCUCGAUCCUCCAAUCAGAAUAAUUUUUCUAACAACAGUAGCAUGAGAAGAUGGAGACAUGGUUAUACUGUCAAAACAGUUUCUGAUACAAUUAAUGAAACAGGUGAGGGUUGCUCAACAUACAAUGCUCCAGUAACGAGUGGAUACAAAAUGAGGUUGCAAACGAAAGACGAUGUACAAGUUCCUAUUUCAUAUGAACACAAGAAAAAUCAAUCCGGAAAAACUCAGAGUAGGGCAAGAGAGAAACCAGCAAUUUCAGGGUUGCUGGAACUGAGUUCUGCGGAGGUUUUAAGUAGUACUGCGCUUUCGUCAGCCUUACUUUUUGCUGGAUAUGAUUUUAACAAUAGACGAGGGAAUAAUCCAGUUAGCGUAACGAGGAGGACAUUGUCUGAUCCCGGAGAGCAUGAAACGGCAUCUAAUAACGAUAUUGUAAUUUCUGCUGACUCAGCAGAAUCUAAUAAAGAAAGUGAAAGUAGCACUACAAAUACUGAAUUAGCCCUUGCGUUGGGUAACAUUCCGUCUUCAAAACCAAAACCCAUCAUGCAACCCGCAGUCAUGUAUCAAAAAUCUGAUUCGGAAAACGAUAAAAUAUCUGUAAUAACACAAGGAAGAUUGCAUGGUUCAAAUUUGAUCCAUUUAGAAGCUGGGGAGCCUACAACUGUAAGAAAAUGGUCUGAGAGUCAGUUUGUUGAUUUCUUCGCAUCUUCCAUUGCUUAUGGAGUAGUUGAAGCUGGGAAAGUAAAAGCGAAAGAAGAAGAAAGAUGCCCGAGCAGGAAUUGAAUUUCAAAUUCCUGGUUGCAAGUCACUAAAAGAGCAAAAGUUUCAGUCCACUAAUAAAAAAAAAUUUUGGUUGUUCUUCAAUAUUUUGUAUCAUGUAUUAUGCGGUGAAUCAAGAGCAAAUAGUAGCAAUCAAUGUCAAAUCAUAUCACACUCUUCACAGUAUAUAUUUUUAAGUAGUAAUAUUUCAAAUUCGGUGCUUUUAUUUUCAAAUCAUGAAAUACAUGAAAAUAUAUAUCAUUUUGCACGAAUACAAUCAUCGACGAAUAUGGUACACUUUUAUACACGGUUUCUCUAAUUCAAAUCAUAUUCAAUAAAGUAUUGGGUAGGCUACCUCAAUCAUAUUUUGUAUAUAUUGUAAUAAUGAGACAUUUAGUUUUUCCAACAUUGUUAGUAGUUUUCUGAACAUUAUAUAUUGCAGAUGACCAAUUUGAUAAGAGCCAUAAAAUAUUUUCAAAAUGCAGUAUCGUUUUAUACUUUAUCAUUGUUAUUAUUAUUAUGCAUUAGUUUGUAUGAUGCAAAAUAUGUCUACAUAAAUAUCGAGCCAUUUGUUUUUAAAAAAUCAUGUUAAAAAUCAUAUUGUAUUUGAAUUCCAUAUUAAGUAGAAUUUGUAUCUUUCUAGAUAUGCAAACGAAAAAAUAAGUAACAUUCUUGUGAAAUGCAAAGUAAAAAUAAUCAUCCGAUGUCAAAUGACACCUAGAUGAUGACUUUUUCGUAAUCAUGAUCAAAUAGUUUUUCAAUAUUCAAUGAUGCAACAUUUUUUCUCUUAAACCUAUACCAAUCAUGUGUCAUUUUCUAGUCAAAUAUAGUUUAGUUUGUCGAAUCGAUUCUAAAUCAAUAAUUUUGAUAGUUAAACUUCUUGGGUUUAGGAUAUAAUAUAGAACACUUACGCUUUAGCACAGUUUGAAAAAUGAUCAUUUUUUGAGCAAUUGAAGUCUUUCAAUAUACCCUAAAAAAGCUUCGCUUGAAAUUCUUAAAACAUUUGAAGAUAAAGAACCAACCAAAUUUCAGUUUAUAUUAACGUUCCUACCUUUUGUAAAUCAAGCUCGUAAAAUACAAACACCGACUUCUCUGUAUUCUUUGUUGAACAGGGAUCAAUUUAAAAUAUUUAGUUAUUUCAUAUUCAAAAUUAUAUUAGAGUGUAUUCUGAAUAGUAGAUUUUCUGACUUCGGCCAUUCCAGCUGUAACUACAUCUAAAUAAUGCUGUUUGUGGUCAUAUACACAACGAUGUGUUUAGCAGGUUGUUAGUCAUCUGUUUACCAGGACAUUGACACUUUUAUAUUGACACUUUUUGUGCUAAUCCUUCAUGCAUGAUACAGCAACGGCAUAAAGAAAUGUUGGUGCUGCUGGAAAUAUAUUCAUUUAUAUUGCACCCAGUUUCUGGUACUAUUUUAUAUUAUAUAAUACUUACUGAUAUAUACUGUUUCCAUUAUUAUUUAAUUUUUUUUUUUUUGCUAUUUUUAUUGUUUUUUUGGGGCCUUGUACUUUUACACAUAUUUUUGCACUCUUCCAAAUAUUGCUUUUUGUCUUUUUUUUCUUAUACAUAUUUCUUUUGUGUAUAAUGAGAUGAUGAUAAAACAGGAAAGACUUCUUUCUUUGUAUUGUUAUGAAAUAAUUCUGAAUGCUUUCCUCAUUAUGACAUUCAAGUAUUGUUCAUCAACGCCCUUUUAUUGUUAGUGUAUGAUAUAAUGUUCCAUAGACAAAAACUUAUGUAUUUAUUGGCAUUGAAUUGGAAGUUAAUGCAAAAUGCGACAAAAUCGUGAUCAUUUUCAGGUCUUCGAAAUUCCCUGUUGGUAAUUCAUAGCCAUGUAAUGCUUGUUGUUGAAAUUUUCCAUAAAAUACAUUUUAUUUUGUCAAGUUAUUUGGUAAGCUACCUUUGACUAUUCUGUUGGAGUUAAAAUCUACAUCGACAUUCGCACCUUAAGGUUGAAUAUUGGUUUACUUUGUAGAACAAUAUUACUGCUCACAAUCACAAAUAUCACUUCUGGGAUAUUUUUGCAUAUAAAAAAUUUAAAAUGAUGUUUUAAUUACUGCCCCAUUCUUGAUGUUAAAGGUCUUCUGAGCGUAAGAUCAAAGUCUUGAAGAGUUUACAUUCUCUCAUAUUGUUUGCAUUAAUUGAUUUGCUUUCUUGCCACAUUUGUUAAUGGGAAGUGUCUCCACUCUGAACAAGGCUUCUUUCAGGAUUAAUGGCAAAUAUUAAAAUUUACAAAUGUAUACUAGUAAGCUAAAAAUAAUCACUUCAGUGCCUUACACAAGAAAAGAAAAUCAAGUGAAAUGCAUAUUUCUUGCCCUUGCAAUAUAUAUUGUUUUCAAUUGUAAUUUUAUAUCUUUAUUUGUAUUUCUUCUACUUGUUACUGCCCGCGAAGUAUUUUGCACAAUGCUUUAUCCUUGCUCUUUUCGUUUGAUUUUGUGUUAUUGUUUUAAUUUUGAUUCUGAUUUUUUUUUUAUCCAACAGCAAAAUUGCUUUAAAAAUUGGCUGUAUUUGUCACAACAAUAAUAAGUUAUGUAGUACUCUAUUAUGAAACUUUCCACUUGUGUGAGGGCGUGUGAUCUUGCUUCGAUCAAAUUUACAUAUUGUGUUAAUUAACAUGUGUUGAAGUAUUUCAUAUUGGGGAAUUACUGUAACAAAGAAGAUAACAUUCAAAUUAAACCGCAGUUUGGGGAAUAUGUAUUUGUAUUUUGACUUUUUAGUUUGCACCAUGAAGAAUGGGAUGCAAUGGAUAUGCACUACUUUUGGAAUUUCUAUUUUCAAUUAUUUUUUUUCACGCUCUAUAAUGAAUCAGCAAAGUGCUACGAAUCCAGCAUUUAUUGAAUAAACUGAACUUGAAAAAAUUUUCAAGUUCGCAAACUGUAA